AUGGGCCCCGUGACGUACGUGCACACCAAGCGCUUCGUGCAGGAGCUGCAGGCCUUCGCGCGCGACUUCAGCCUGCUGCGCCGCGUCAUCCUGCAAGCUCGGCUCAAGGUGUCGGUGGGCGUCGGCUUGGGCGCAGCGCGGGCCACCAAAAUGGUGGUGCGGGUGCGCUGCGCGACGCCGGUGAUCGUGCUGCCCGUGUCGGGGCGCAGCCGCGGCGCGCUGGUCGCCGAGCUGGCGCACCUGCACAUCGACAACUGUUUCAAGCUGGCCGGCGAGCCGGGCACCGCCAGCACCGUGACGGACCCCGCGAGCGGCGCGCGCGAGACGCUGGACGUGCGCCGCGUGGAGCUGGCGGGGCUGGCGCUGUGGGGCGCGCGAGGCGGCGCGGGCGGCGGGCUGCGCGUGCGCCGCCUGGGCGCGCCGCUGCUGGCCGCGCCCGCGCACCUGCAGCUGCAGAUCGAGCACAACCUCAGCGACUCGCACAACGUGCCCGACUUCACGCUGCAGGGCACGCUGGCCACGCUGCAGUGCGCGCUGGACCCCUCGCAGUACCGGCUGGUGCGCGGCGUGCUGGCGCACAACCUGGGCGAGAGUGUCGACGACCUGCUGCCGCCGCCCGCCGCCGAGCGGCCCGCGGCGCGCGACUGCGACCAGGUCUGGACGACGUCGUCGCUGAAGCUGGACCUGCACGACGUGACGGUGAAGCUGGAACCGGAGCACGGGGUCUCCUCCCUCGCGUGCAUCAACUUCAUCAAGUCGCGGCUGCUCGUGGAGACCUACUCCGACCUCAGUCAGGACAUCGACCUGGUCUCGCAGGAAAUUCUGGUAAGCGACACGCGGUAUGCGCAAGAGCCUGCGAACCGGCGCGGCAACGUGUUCAGCCACAUCGUGCAGCCCAUGCCCGACCACCGCCAUAGCGUGCAGGCCGAGGUGCACGCACGAAAACGCCACGAGUCGUCAGCGUACACUAUCCUUGUAAACAACAUGAGAUUGAUGGCAAUCCUGGACUGGUGGGAAGCGGCGAACCAGUUCAUCAUGCAACCACCGCCGCCGCUCGCCGACGCGGACCAGCCAUCUCUGUGUGUUACCCGUUUCUUGCCACUUUGAUGAUAAAUAUCCACUUGACUUUAUACAUAUAAAGUGUAACUUCGUAACAGGGACUUGUGUGCACGCAAAAUACCUGACCCUCCAAAUCGAUUUUGUCGAUCUUUUGGUUCUGAGCACAUACAGGUGUAGAAGAGUGUUAAACAAACCUAAUCUUUAACUUGUGAACCGUAAAAUUGAUUUUCGGAUGACUUCCUGGUUUGCUCUUUAACGUAUA